AACCCACUUCUGAAAAAUUUGAGAAAGUUUUGACAACAUUUCAGAUAUUAACAACUUUGUUACGACUCUUUAGCUCAAUACCUUAACUGCCACUCUUGAAUUUACCUUCUCCACAAAGUAGCUUACAAAUUCUGCAAUCUAAUGGAGCCUUUUAAAGGUAUUGAAGCUGAAAUUGGAAGACAUAUGAAAGAGAAAUGAAGUGGGUUUUGGAAAUUUUAUUGGACUUUUAUAGUGGGCAAUUGGGAUUUUGAUUAUCUGGAGAAAUGAAGUGGGUAUUAGUGAUUUUGAUUUUAGUUGGUUAUUCAUAUUUCUGCACAAUUUUGGGUUCAACUAAUGUAACAAAUUGUCCUGUGGAUCUAGACUAUGUUGUAAAACUCCGAUGGAAUACGUCGGCGUGCCAUGGAAAUAGUUCAGGAAGUAAUCCAAGAACAGGUUGUUGCCAAGCCCUUUUGAGUUUAAUGGGAAUAGCUCUUUCCCAUAAUCUUAAUCAGACUUCCCUCUUUGGAUUUCGAGAUUAUCCGACUUCGGUAUCUUGCCUCUCAGAUUUCCAAUCCAAGCUUGAUUCUAUGUCUCUAGCCCCAAAUUUGACCUCUAAGUGUUUUGAUCCUGAGCAAUUUGUGAUCACUCCUGAUGUUUGUGCUGGCAUUGUUACCAUCCGAAAUUGGACUGAUAAGCUUGGAAGUGAUAAUUCUUUAGAUCAAGUUUGUGGAUCUGACCUCUCUGAUCUCACUGCCUGUGAAACCUGCUAUGCUGCUGGUACGAGAAUCCAAAAUCAGUUGAUUGCCAUUGAUGGGAACAGCUCACAUGCUCGAGAUUGCUUUUACUUCACUAUUCUUUAUGUUGCUGGGAUAAUCAAUAAACUUGGCCCUGAAAAUGCUGGAACAACUUCAUGUGUUUUUCAGCUUCAAUUACUUCCGUCAGCUGGGUCUCAUGGUGUGAGACAUUUGAAGCUGCAUCUGGGAUUAAUCGGUGCUGCUACUGCAGUGUUUUUAGUAAUUUGCCUCUUAGGUUUGUACUUUUGGUAUUACAAGAAACAGCAGAAGAAACCUAAGAUGGAAGUUGAUGCAAAUCAAGAAAGUAGACCUAGAAUGCGGCCUAACACUGGUGCAAUAUGGUUUAAAAUUGAAGACCUUGAGAGGGCAACUAACAACUUCUCGCAGAAGAAUUUUAUUGGGCGUGGUGGUUUUGGGAUGGUUUACAAGGGAACCUUACCAGAUGGGACAAUAGUUGCUGUCAAGAGGCUAACUGAACCCAAUUUUGAAAGGGAUUCUGAUUUUCAAAAUGAGGUUGAGAUUAUAAGCAACCUGAGGCAUCGAAAUCUGGUACCACUUAAAGGAUGUUGCAUGGUUGAUGAAACUGUGAGUGCUGAUGAUUAUGGAGGAAAACAGAGAUAUCUUGUUUAUGAAUACAUGCUGAAUGGCAAUCUUGAUGACCAUCUCUUUCAGAAUCCAACAAACCAAAGUGGGCCACUCAGAAAAUCCUUAACAUGGCCCCAAAGAAAGUGCAUAAUAUUGGAUGUGGCAAGGGGGUUAGCUUAUCUCCAUCAUGGAAUAAAACCUGCAAUAUACCAUCGGGACAUCAAGGCUACAAACAUUCUCUUAGGUUCAGAUAUGCGAGCAAGGGUGGCUGAUUUUGGAUUGGCAAAAGAAAUUAAAGAAGGGCAUUCUCAUCUCACUACCAGAGUAGCAGGCACACAUGGCUAUUUGGCCCCGGAAUAUGCACUUUAUGGGCAGCUAACUGAGAAGAGCGAUGUCUACAGUUUCGGAGUGGUUGUUUUAGAGAUAAUGUGUGGGAGAAGGGCCCUUGAUCUGUCAGCUUUAGGGUCCUCUGCCACUGUUUUAAUAACAGAUUGGGCUUGGUCUUUGGUUAAAGAAGGAAAAUCAGAAGAGGUUCUUGACUCAUUCUUGUUGAGAGAAGGGGAUAACUCGGAGCUGAAUCCAAGGGGAAUUAUGGAACGAUUUGUACGUGUUGGUAUUCUGUGUGCUCAUGUCAUGGUUGCACUAAGACCUACAAUCUCAGAUGCACUGAAAAUGCUGGAAGGUGAUAUUGAAGUUCCUCAAAUUCCAGACCGGCCCAUGCCUUUUGGGCAUCCAUCUUUCCACAGGGAUGGUAACCCGUACAGCAUAUCGCCAGGCUUGAGUGGGCUGCAUUUAAAUUCUGGUGAGACGCUUAGAUAAGUAAGAUAUAUAGAUAAGUAUGAGCUCCAAGGGGAAAGUAAUUCUGAUCGGCGCAUGUCUAGAUAGCGAAGUGGACUCUACAGUGACUUUAUCGGAUGCUGAUGGCAGAGACAAUUAUGUGGAAUCUGUGAUCCUUAAGAACUAUGAUAUUGAUAACUUGUCUGAUGCAUUUCUUCAAGGUGGGUUUGAUGAAGUACGAAGGAAAACUAGGACUUUUUCAUACGAAUCUUAACCUGCUCAUUAAAAACAGGCUCAGGAAGCAUGGCCGUGGUUGUGGAUCAGAUGGUGGUGGGCUUAUACAUGUGGAUGAGAUACAACGCACUAAGUUGACAUGAUUUUUGUCCACAAAUUUGGAGUUGACCUGAAGUUGGUGAAUCUUAUCAGUCAUGGGAUGGCUAAAUGGCUUGCUUGUUCUAGUUGCAACUACUUGCAAGUGCUGAAGGCCAGAAAGACAAACAUGGUGGUGGCGGAUUCUUCUCAGCUCUCAGAAGAGGUCAUCACUAAGUCACAGCAAGGUUUCUGCUGCAUUGAGUGUUAACUCCUCGUACUAAUUUCUGCAUAUGCCUUUUGUCCAUAUUAUAGUGUACAGUGAUUUGUCAAUACGGCUUAUACAACACUAGGGUUGCUUUUAUGUCACCUAAGAAGUAAACCAUAUUCUUUAUACUAUCGCCGACACCUGCGUUAGUGCCUCGUCUGCAAAUUGCAUCCAUAGAGAUUAGAGAAGGGGCAUAAUGAGUUAGUUUUUUGUAACUUUGUUAAACCUUCUACGGCCACUUGAAGAAAUGAAAUUUUCUAUGAAGAUGGUGAAGACUCAUUUCUAAUACAUAAACUUUCUAACAAAAAAAAAAAAAAAAAAAAAAAAAAA